AUGCUGCCUCCCGAGGUCCAGCAGAACGAGGCAGACGAGGUCAAGGAUGAGAAGCUACAGGCAACCCUCGUCGACUGGUACGGGCCGGAUGACCCAGAAAAUCCUAUGAACUGGAGCCUCGCCAAACGGUGCUUCGUCACGUUCGACAUCUGCUUCAUCACCUUCUCGAUCUACAUCGGCUCCGCCAUUUACUCGCCAGGGACGGAGCUUAUCUCGAUGCAGUUUGGUGUCUCGCCCGUCGCCGCAACGCUCGGCCUCACGCUCUUCGUCCUCGGCUACGGGGUUGGGCCCAUGUUCCUCUCGCCGCUCUCCGAGAUUCCGCAGUUCGGGCGAACGUCCGUGUACAUCGCCUCACUCACGAUCUUCGUGGUCUUGCAAGUGCCGACCGCGCUAUGCGACAACCUCGGUGCGUUGCUCCCGCUGCGGUUCCUCGCGGGCUUCGUAGGCAGCCCGCCGCUGGCCACUGGGGGCGCGAGCCUUGCGGACAUGUGGGGCCCGGACGACCGCGCAAUUGUGAUCGGCCUGUGGGGUCUGGCGGCGAUUUGUGGACCAGUGCUGGGUCCUGUGGUCGGUGGCUUCGCUGCGCAGGCAAACGGGUGGCGGUGGACGAUCUGGCCGCUGCUCUGGCUGAGCGGGGCUGCCCUAGCGUUUCUGUUCGUGCUGUUGCCGGAGACCAGUUCCUCAGCCAUUCUGUACCGCCGUGCGGUCCGCCUCCGCCGCCUGACGGGCAACAAGGACAUCAAGUCGGAUGGAGAGAUCGAAAGCGAGGAAAUGACGAUCGGCGAGAUCGCCAAGAUGACGCUUGUCCGGCCGUUCGUGCUCAGCUUCCGGGAGCCGAUCGUGGCGAGCUGGAACCUGUACAUCAUGCUCGUCUACGGGAUCUUGUACAUCUUCAUCCAGUCGUUCGAGGUCGUCUUUGUCGAGAAGCACGGUUUCAAUCUGGGGGAGAAUGGCCUUGCCUUCAUGGGUCUAUUCAUCGGCGCUGUCGUCGUGUACAUUUGCUUCGUGCCGUACACCAUUCUGUAUAUCAAACCCAGGUUUAGGCCGGGGCAAGUGUUCACGCCCGAGGACAGGCUGCCGCCCGCAAUGCUGGGUGCGUUCUUCUUACCGAUCAGCCUGUUCUGGUUCGGAUGGACGAGCGCAUCGAGUAUUCCGUGGAUCGUGCCUAUCAUCGGCAGCUCGUUCUUUUCCAUCGGAACGUUCCUGCUCUUCCAAUCGGGAUUGAACUACCUGCAAGAUUGCUACCCCAAGUACGCGGCGUCAGUCCUGGCUGGCAAUGACUUGUUCCGUGCUUCGGUCGGCGCCGGGUUUCCGUUAUUCUCGACUGCGUUCUUCGACAACGAGGGAGUCGGCCAGGCAUGCUCCAUUCUGGGAGGCAUCAGUAUUGCGAUGAUUCCGAUCCCGUUUGUCUUGUAUCGGUAUGGGCACAGGAUUCGGGCGAGGAGCCAGUACGCGCAAACUUGA